CUGCUCCCUGCCCAGCACCGCCUGCUCCCUCCUUCGCCGCCCCGCCCCGGGGGAACGCCCCGCCCCCGGGCCCGCCCCUUACCCUGCACGCGCGGAGCGCCCCGCCCCUCCCCGCGGCUCAGCCAAUCGCGUUGCGUCGCGCGGCCGUCGCCUGGCAGCGCGCGGCCGUUGGGUUUGAAGCGGCCAACCGGAGCCCCGUCCGCGCGCCGUUUAAAAUGCUGCGGCGCAGGCGGGGCGGGCGAGCGGCGGCGGCGCGGCGGAGGACCAUGGCGCAGUUCCUGUUCGAGGCGGACCUGCACGGGCUGCUGAAGCUGGACACGCCGAUCCCGAACGCGCCGCCUGCGCGAUGGCAGCGCAAGGCCAAGGAGAGCGGCCCCGGGCCCAGCCCCGUCGGCGUGUCGCCCAUGAAGCCGGCCAAUCGCUCCCACAGCUCCAGCAAGACGCCGUCCAAGACACCCGGAAAAUCUGGAUCCAAAAUUCAAAGCACCCCCACAAAGGCUGGGGGGGAUCGCUAUAUUCCCAACCGCAGUACUAUGCAGAUGGAGAUGGCAAAUUUCCUCCUAACCAAAGAGAAUGACCCUGCUGAGGAAUCGCCUACCAAGAAGGAGCAACAGAAAGCCUGGGCAGUGAAUCUGAAUGGUUUUGAUGUAGAAGAGGCAAAGAUCCUCCGCCUCAGUGGAAAACCACAGAAUGCUCCAGAAGGCUAUCAGAACAACCUGAAAGUGCUCUACAGUCAGAAAAUGACGCCUGGAUCCAGCAGGAAGAAUAGCAGAUACAUUCCCUCAAUGCCAGACCGGAUCUUGGAUGCACCAGAGAUCCGCAAUGACUACUAUCUGAAUCUCAUAGACUGGAGCUCCCAGAACUUCCUGGCAGUGGCUCUGGACAACUCUGUUUAUCUGUGGAAUCACGCUUCUGGGGAGAUUAUCCAGCUGCUGCAGAUGGAGCAACCAGAUGUUUACAUUUCCUCUGUGUCAUGGAUUAAAGAAGGAAACUACCUUGCUGUUGGCACAAGUAGUGCAGAGGUCCAGCUAUGGGACAUUCAGCAACAGAAACGUCUCCGAAACAUGACCAGCCAUUGUGCCCGUGUGGGAACCCUCAGCUGGAACAGCUACAUCCUCUCCAGUGGCGCACGGACCGGGCACAUCCAUCACCACGAUGUCAGAGUGGCUGAGCAUCAUGUGGCCACCCUUGCUGGCCACACACAGGAGGUGUGCGGACUCAAAUGGUCUCUAGAUGGCCGCUACCUGGCCAGCGGUGGCAAUGACAAUCUGGUGAAUGUCUGGCCAUGCACCCAAGGAGGGGGUGGAGACUUUGCUCCUGUACAGACCUUCACUCAGCACCAGGGUGCUGUCAAGGCUGUGGCGUGGUGCCCAUGGCAGAUGAACGUUCUAGCCACUGGAGGUGGCACUAGUGACAGACACAUCCGCAUCUGGAACGUGUGUUCUGGUGCCUGCCUCAGUGCUGUUGAUGCCCAUUCCCAGGUCUGUUCUAUCCUGUGGUCAACAAACUACAAGGAGUUCAUUUCAGGCCAUGGCUUUGCACAGAAUCAGCUGGUUCUAUGGAAGUAUCCAACAAUGACCAAGGUUGCAGAGCUGCAAGGUCAUACUGCCAGAAUCUUGAACCUGACCAUGAGCCCUGAUGGUACAACAGUGGCCUCAGCAGCUGCUGAUGAAACACUGCGGCUCUGGCGCUGUUUUGAGAUGGACCCAAUAAAGAAGAAGGAGAAAGAGAAGGCAAACAGUGCCAAAAGCAGUAUUAUUCACCAGAGCAUCCGCUGAGAGCACUGGGUUUUUGUGGGGAGGGGGAUAUUUGGUUUACACACUGUACAGUAUUUUAAAUGUUAAUAAACUGCUUAACUUGACUUUUUCUU